AUGCCCCGUGUUGAAAACAAAGUCCCACGUGACCGCCGGCGCCGCGAGCCCAACAUGGCGUCUCCCAGCGGCUGGCGGCCGCCCGCGGGCGGGCAGGGGGCGGCAGGCGGGGCGGCGGCGGCGGCGGCGGCGCUGGGCGCGGAGGAGGACGCGGAGGGGCUGUACGUGGCGGUGGAGCGCUGCCCGCUCUGCAACACUACGCGCCGCCGCCUCACCUGCGCCAAGUGCGUGCAGGGCGGAGACUUCGUCUUCUUCGACGGCCGCGACUCCGAGAGGUUUUCAGACAAGAGAGAGAGGUUAAUGCAUCUUAAAAACAAACAGAGGGAAUUCCAAAAACAUGUUUUGAAGGCCAUGGCAGGGAAGGAGGUUACUGAUCAGCUGAGGUGGAAAAUAAUGUCUUGCAAGAUGAGGAUUGAGCAGCUGAAACAAACCAUUUGCAAAGAGAAUGAUGAGAUGACAAGAAACACAGAGGGGCUUCUCAGAGUUAAAGAUGAAAACCAGAAGCUUAAUCGCAGGGCUCAGAGGCACCAGGAGAAGAAAGAGAAGAUCCAGAGGCAUAACCGCAGGCUGGGAGACUUGGUGGAAAAAAAGAAUUGUGAUCUGAAAACCCAGCAUGAGCACUUGGCAGAUCUUCGACGGUCUCACAUACUGGAGCUGACCUCCGUCAUUUUUCCCAUUGAAGAAGUGAAGACGGGUAUGAGAGAUCCUGCAGAUGUUUCUUCUGAGAGUGAUAAUGCAAUGACCUCUAGCACUGUGAGCAAGCUUGCAGAAGCCAGGAGAACAACUUAUCUGUCUGGAAGGUGGGUGUGUGACGAUCAAAACGGAGACACCAGCAUCAGCAUCACUGGUCCUUGGAUAACCCUUCCCAAUAAUGGAGACUAUUCAGCAUAUUACAAUUGGGUGGAAGAGAAGAAAACCACGCCAGGACCAGAUAUGGAGCAUAAUAACCCUGCCUACACCAUCAGUGCUGCAUUGUGCUAUGCAACUCAGCUGGUUAACACCUUGUCUCUUAUACUUGAUGUAAACCUUCCUAAGAAAUUGUGUAACAGUGAAUUCUGUGGAGAGAACCUGAGCAGGCGGAAGUUUACCGGGGCAGUGAAGAAGCUGAAUGCUAAUAUCCUUUACCUUUGUUUUUCUCAGCAUGUAAAUUUAGAUCUGUUGCAUCCAUUACACACACUCAGGAACCUCAUGUACUUGGUCAGUCCAGACACUGAAAACCUGGGCAGAUCUGGGCCUUUCGAGGUCAGUGCUGAUCUUGAAGACUCCAUGGAGUUUGUGGACCCCAGUGCUGCUGGUGAGACAGACGAGAGUGGAGAUGAGCAUGUCAGCGACGAAGAGACAGAUCUAGGGACCGACUGGGAAAAUCUGCCAAGCCCACGGUUCUGUGAUAUCCCCUCACAGCCGGUUGAGAUGUUUCAGAGUCAGAGCACGCAGGUGUCCCAGCCCAUCGCUAGCAGCAGUGCUGGUGGCAUGAUCUCUUCUGCUGCGGCCUCUGUGACCUCAUGGUUUAAGGCGUACACUGGGCACCGUUAAUGAGCACGCAGGACGAGUUCGCCAGACUAGUGGAAGGAAUCCCUCCCCCAGCUGACGCUGUAGGAAACCUUUACCUAUUCAGUUAAGUAGUGCCUGGAACAAACAAAAGGUCAAACUUUAAUUUUGUAAACCAGAAGAACCUUUUUAUUUACCCAAGAUGACUGUGACGGUAACAUUUUGUAAAUUUGCCGCAUACGCCCUUCUGACUUGUUCUCCGAAGGCACUUGGUGCCUUGGGCCUGUCUGCAUUGCGGAGUCAUGGAGAAGAGCCCUGCAGCAGAUUCUGGUUUUUUACUUCCUAAAGAAGUGGAUUUGCAAUCCUUGGAGCAGGGCCAAGCAUGGGGGGGAAGAGAGAGCUGCUAAAUAUUCCGGUUGUGCAAAUACGCCCACACAUGAUGAACGUCUGAUUAACUGGCUACCGGGUUGUGUUUGUGCGUGCGAAACCUGGGUCGUAACACAAUGCUGACGACAAAAAUGCAGGCUCCCAGAAUAGGUUGGGGGGGUGUUUUGUUUUAGGGGGUUUUUUUGCUAAUUCAGGACAUGAAAAUUAUGCAUUUCAAUGUGGUUUCUAAUCUUUGUUGCCAUAUUUUUAAUACGGAGAACCAGCAUGGAUGGUAAUUUACAAAACCGCUUGCUUUUUAUUUUAACUUUUGGUUGCAGAUUUACCCAGUUCUCCUGUAGGAAACAGAUACAUUUCAUACUUUUUUUCCCACUAGUAGGUUGUCCAAAAGUUUCACGCUAUGCUGUCCAAAGCACCCAGUCUCUUUUCUAUUAAUAUAUUCAUAUCAUACACCAAAGAAAUACCGGAUAUCCGUUUGCCUAGAGCCACUUUCAGCCAUACAGAAGGGUCACAUUGUUGCAAUAAUCUUCAUCACUUACAAAGGCACCAUAUUUUUAAGGUCAGUGAGUUUCACUUCGAGCUAGUUUAAUGAAGUUGUGUGUUCUUCACACUAUGUGAGUUUAAACUUUUUAUUUUGUGUUUAUGGUGGGCUUUUUUUCUGUUCCUUUUUUUUUUUUUUUUUUAAGGUAGAAAAGUUGAUUAAAUUUCCCCGCAGAAAUGUUAUUAACACGGUCAGGCCGUGUUGUAAAACUACAGGAGGUGUGAUACAGACAGAUGCUUUCACUAACAAGUGCCCUCCCAUUUCCUUCUGUUUCCCAGAUCUGGAUUACUUUACUUAAGGAUGUUUUGCCCAGCCAGGCUUCAGAAAUGGGUGGUUUACAUUUUAUACAGUUGACACUUUAAUUAUUGGGGAAAUAUAUAAGAACAUCCCCUCCCCUGCCAGCAGAUGCUCCCUGCCACUCUUCCCUACAAUCUCUUACGGCAGCACUUCUGUUCCGGAGACUCCUCACGAGAGACGUCCUUGUACAGAUGGGUAGUGGCAGGCUGUGGUGAGCGAAUGUAUGUGUGGCAUUACUUGGAGCUUUUGUGUGUUCUGUCGAUGCUGAGUCUAGGCUUUGCUCGCCUUGCUCUUUCUGUCUUGGUGGAAUCGGUUAAGGGAGCAUUUUUCCUCUAGCCAUAGAAAUGAGAUAUGUGGCAUCCUUGGAUGCCAGUAUGGGUACUACUUCACUGCUCCGUUUUGAGAAUUGCUGGAAAAGGGCAUCCUGCACUGCUGGUCUGCCCCAGAGAUGAGAUGGCUUUGUGUAGGUAAGAUGCUCUUCAACUGGGGGCACCAUUCAUAAGGCCUGCUUACCCUUCCUCUCCCGUAGAUGGCCCUUCUUUCCACUUGACCUCGGACGUGAGGGUGUGGUAAGAAAACUUAGUUAGAAGUCUCCUCUACCCCAUCUCUGACUAGGGGCUUGCUUUCUUUAUAAAACCAAAGACCCUUACAUUUACACUAUUGGAACAUAAGCUGUUAGAUCAGGCAUUUUAUCCUCAGCCAUGUCUGCUUUGUUCAGCCCAAGACUUCAUUUGGGGAAACGGAACAAUGAAGAGAAUGGCCAAGAUUCCUGGUCUGAUGCGGUCUGUAUCAAGGCUGCGCAGUGUCCCUAGACCCUCUGACAGGGCCAGACUCGAACCCUUCCCAAGGGUGGGGGAAGCCAGGAUGUGGCUGCUAUUCAAAUUGAGGCACUUUACUAGUUGCAGCUGAUCAGAUCCUUGGUGUUUAUGAGCAAUCAGCUGAUGCUCCUGAGUACUGUAUACUGGGCCGCUAGUUUCUCACCUCAGAUUCAUUCUGGUCUCCAUUGAAUUUUUUUUUUUUUUUUGCAUUGGACUCUUACUGUGUAGAUGUUUCUAUCACGGUUUCAUUUCAGCCUUUGCGCUUGCAUGAAAACAAUUCUAAUCAAGUAGAAGUCCCAGAAUCCUAGGGCCAGGCCAAGCCAGGCCAGGCCAGACUGAAUGCAUCUGAUCCUGGAUGCAAAGAAGGGCCUGGUCUGGAAUGGGGGAGGCCUUUGGGCAAUCUCGCAUGCUGUAGGGGUAGCCCUUCCUUGUCUGGGAUCCCCUUCGCUGGAGGUUUUCAAGAAGAGGCUGGACAGGCAUCUGCCUGGAAUAGCAAAUCCUGCAUGUGCAGGGGGCUGGACUAGAUCAGCCUUGUCCAACAUACGGCCCGCCAUGCAGCCCUCCAAGUUGUUUUCUGAGGCCUGAGGUGCUGCGACGGGAAACGAAAGUAAACCCUGUACUUUCGUUUUGGGGGGGAGGGGGGUGAUGUGAUACCGCUUCCUGUGAGGUCUUUGAAUAUGGCUCACUGGCCCACUGGGUGAUAAAAAGUUCAUGAUCCGGCCCCACUUUCAAAAAGGUUGGAUACCCCUGGACUAGAUGAACUUGAGGUCACUUCCAACCAACCCUCUGAGUCCUUUGAUUUGUAACAUAUAAUUUAACUGAUAUUUCACCAAAAAAACCCCACUUCAAGCCAUAGAAUUCCAUAAGCAUCAUGUUUUUCAUAUUUUAAAGCAAUUUUUCAACCAUGUAAUUUCACUCCCAGAGUGUACAAAGGUGCCAGUCAGUGGUUCAAAUGAGAUGGGAAACUGUUCUUUCAGUGGAUGCUUUUGUUACAGGGUUUUUCUUUUUUGUUUUUUGUGUGAAUGUUCUGCACGAGUGUAGCUGUGAGAGAAAUCGUGUGUGUCCCAAACUCGAGUGCAAUUUUCUGGAGUCAUUGUACAGAUUGUUUUUGCAGACGGAGUGAGUGGGAGGAGAGCGUGUCCAUGAGCUGUGGAUAUUGUUUGCAGGCGGCCAGCUGAGAGUUUACAAAAUGAUUUGCAGUAGCACGAAUAAAGCUCUGUCCAUUUAGGCUGUGGUUUUCUAAUGUGACCUUUGAUUUUUGGGUGCCCAAUCUAGAACACCGUGAAGGGGUGGACGGAGCUAAGAACCCAUCCUCAGAAAAUUGGGUACCCUUAAAGUGUCUCGAGCCACGCACCCUAGAAUCAUUAGUCAUCUUUAAAAAUAAAACAAAACAGAAAAACCAACAAAAACAAAAAAGAGCCAGGCCUUGUUCUGCAACUUCCAAAAUAGAUGUAACUAUAAACACAUUUUUUUUCUAAAUUUUAUUGUAUUACUGCAAUAAAUCUUUAACAGUAAUUUUC